UGGAGUGCCAUCUUGGACUAACGCUGCUGUUCGCGGACUAUUCACGGGGGUUCAAAUUCGCUGCCGAGUCCAGCGCCGAAAGUGCGCAAUCGCCGACCAUUCGCACUCAAAAAAAAAUUCUCGUGAAGCUCUUUGGCGGCUUUUUUAUUGAAAAAAAAAGAAAAAAAAAAAGACGUGCGAUCCCGAGCCCUCGUCCCCCAAAAAAUGCCGAGGACGGAAACCGGAGACGGCAAGAAAUACAAUAACCCGACAGGGGCGAGUCGGGUUGAGUCGGCACAUAAAAGGGGAGUGCAAAAAAAAAAGACGGGAUGGCCACAGACGGUGUCCACACACACACACACACACGAACUCUGAAGCUCUCGAGUUCAGAGAAGAAGGCGGUGGUUUCGAAAAAAAAAUGGCGAUUGCAUCAGCCGGACGACCGAGGCACUGCAAUUGGGCAGCUGAUCAACUCGUACCUAGAGAAGAAGAGCAACCUAGAGGAUCACACUGUACAUCUGCUUUUUGCAGCAAAUAGAUGGGAACGAGUGCCACUGAUUAAAGAGAAACUGCAGCAAGGUAUAACGCUGAUCGUGGACAGGUAUGCCUUUUCCGGCGUCGCUUUCACAAGUGCCAAACCGGAAUUUACAUUGACAUGGUGCAAACAGCCAGACGUUGGUAUCCCAAAGCCAGACUUAAUCCUGUUCCUUCAGCUGAGCCCUUCAGAUGCCAUGAAGCGAGGGGACUUUGGAAACGAGCGGUAUGAGAAUCGCCACUUCCAGGAACAGGUGCUGAGACAAUUCAAUGAACUGAUGCAAGAUGAGAACUUAAACUGGAAGGUGAUGGAUGCUUCCCAAUGUAUUGAUGAUUUACAUCAAGAGAUAAAGUCUCACACAGAGAAAGUGAUGGAACAAGUUGGAGACAAUCCAAUCAGAGACCUAUGGCGAUAAGCGUUCUCUCUUUGACAGAGGGCAAAGUAUCUCAUGACAAAAUUAGUUCAACUCUUUUACCAUUCCCUAAAUUUACUUUCAAAAGACAGGAGACAUUUAUUAUUUAUGUUGUAAAAAUCAUUUUUAUCGACCAAGAAUUCAAACCAUGAAAGCUGGAAAUUGAACCUAAGAAGCAGCUUUCAGGGGUGGAUCACAUUCAGCCACAUUGGCAACUCUGAAUGUUAAAGGUAAUUCAACCAGAAUAGGUUGCCCUGAUCCACUGUCAGAAAUCUGAAAUAAGAUCAAUGAUGAAAUAUCAGGAGAGAGAACAUUUGCUUUUGUUUUUUUUUAUUUUAACUUUUUUUUAAAUACUCACAUGAAGUUUUCUGGUGUGAGAAAUAACAGCCAUGAAAUGUCUUGAGUAACAUCUCUAUGAAAGCUCUCAAAGUCAACAAUGUAUUAGAAUUCUAACAUUGGUCCAACAUUUGUAAAAGAUGUCUCUUGUUUUCCAGAUAAGCAGAUCCUAUUAAUUACUAACAUGUUUCAAUUAUUUUUGGUGCUCGGGUGCAAAGAUUGUGGUCAUCAGUGUACUCAUGUCACUGGGAUCUGUUACAUUUUGUAUGAGAUUGUAACACUCAAACAUGUAGGUUAGUAUUUCAGUGUUAACUAUUUGAGUUAAGUAACUACCAUUUUUUAUAAAAUGCUGAAAUAAAUUCUGUAUUUACAAUUACAAA